CUGUCAGAAAAACAUCCCGAGCUGCGAUCCGCUACACAAACAGACCUUCACCGACACAUUGAAGCUUCUCCGGACUCACAGACAGAACAUGUCCGGGUGCAGGUAACCGUCCCGGGGUUGCCGCCGCGUCCUCAGCCGGCUGAAGGACGGGCAGAGACGGACAGACGGAGAUGGAGAGGCCGGCCAGGCAGCUGUUGUUGUCCGAGCUCCGCGUCAGAAACGCCGCGUACGAUGUGAGCCUGAGCCGGUCCCUGCUCACCUGGAAAAGACGGAUUUCCAGCCCGGUGUACCACCCGUUCAGACCCAGUGUGUGUCACACUGUGUCAGUGUCAGAGAUCAUCUCUGUCAGAGAGGAAGAGGAGGACAACAGCAGCAGACAAAGAGACGACGGCAGCUGGAAGAAGAUCAGAGAGAGAGACGGGAAGGACUGCAGGCAGGCCUUCACAGUCUUGUACGUGGAGAGGAGUCGGCAGCACCGCUGGCGGUGCGCUGAGGUCACCUUCACGUGUCCAGAGGAGGCGCUGUGUCAACGCUGGGUCAGCAGCAUCAGAGAGCAGCUCGCCACCAUCACCAGCAGACCCAAACACCUGCUGGUCUACAUCAACCCGUACGGCGGGAAGCGGCAGGGCAAGAACAUCUACGAGCAGAAGGUCGCCCCGCUGUUCGCCCAGGCCGGCGUCUCCACGCACGUCAUUGUGACGGAGUAUGCCAAUUAUGCGAGGGAUCACCUGAGGACGGAGGCGGAGCUGAAGAAGUUUGAUGGGGUGGUGUGCGUCGGAGGGGACGGCAUGUUCAGUGAGAUCAUCCACGGGCUGAUCUGGAGGACGCAGGUCGACGGCGGCGUCGAUCCAAACUCUCCUGAUGAAGCUCUGCUUCCCUGCUCGCUGCGCAUCGGAAUCAUUCCUGCAGGCUCGACAGACUGUAUCUGCUUCGCCACCGUGGGAACCAACGACCCCGUGACCUCUGCGCUGCACAUCAUCGUAGGAGACUCUCAGCCGAUGGACGUGUGCUCAGUUCACCACGACGACACGUUCCUGCGAUACUCUGUCUCCCUGCUGGGAUACGGUUUCUACGGCGACGUGCUGACCGACAGCGAGAGGAAGAGAUGGAUGGGGCCGGCCCGAUACGACCUGUCAGGUGUGAAGAUGUUCCUGACGCAUCACUACUACGAAGGAACGGUGUCCUACCUGCCCGCCAGAGGCAUCAUGGGAACGCCGCGGGACGCCGCCAGGUGUCGAUCUGGCUGUGCGGUUUGUCAGCACAACGGGCAGCUGCUGUCAGAGAGAGCUGAGCGGUACGAGAUGGACGAACCCACGGACAGCGAGAACGACGGCGAGUGGAAGACAAUCCGAGGCAAGUUCCUGGCCAUCAACGCUGCCAGUAUGAGCUGCGCUUGUCCUCGCAGCCCUAAAGGCCUCUCACCUGCGGCUCACCUGGCCGACGGCACCACCGACCUCAUCCUGGUCCGAAAAUGCUCCCGCUUCAACUUCCUCAGACACCUCCUCCGACACACCAGCAAAGACGACCAGUUUGACCUGACCUUCGUCGAGGUCCACCGGGUGCGGCGUUUCCGCUUCACGCCACGUCACUGCCAGAGCGACUCGGACCUGGAGCUGGACCUGCGGGAGAACGGCAAACGGCAGAUCUUCAGCCACAUCUGCCGAGACCACCCGGCUUGUGGCUGCGCCCCCGCCUACAGCAGCUGGAACUGCGACGGCGAGAUUCUGACCCACACCGCCAUCGACGUCCGAGUGCACUGCCAGUUGAUCAAGCUGUUUGCACGAGGGAUCGAAGAACCGCCGGUGUUCGAGGAUCUCACCAACCCCUGUGCAAUAUAGACCCUCGAUCCCCUUUUUCCCUGUCAGACACUGGAGUCGUCACUCUGUUUCCGCCGCCGCCGUCAUGUGACACAUCCUUCACCAGGAGACUCGACAGGAUCUGCCGACUCGGCAAGAAGUUCAGCUUUUACUGGACAAAGAUCAGCAGAGACAAACCAAAACUUUCCUCUCUGGGUCUGAUAGUCCAGCAUUUCUUUCUUUCAAACCUCCUGAACAGCAUUAAUCCAGCAGCUGGUUUGACCCAGAGAGCAAAGCUUCACCCUCACAUUUGUUCUGCUGUUGAUUUGAUGCUAACAGUUGGAUGGUUGCUGGGUGUCUGGCACCUCAUUUAUUCCAGUCCUGAAAGUGAAACCUGCCCAGUUUUUUUCCCAUCAUCCUCAGAUCAUGACUAGAUGAUCUCGUUACCUUGAGGUUAUAAAUGUGUCCCGUCACAGAAACCAGAUGUGUCAGAGCGAGGUGGACUGUCGCUGCCUGUAGACUGGACUCGUCGGGACUUGUCUCCGUCUUGUAGGUGUUUCGCGACUUUGUCCUGUGGGUGUUCUGACCUGGACUUGUCUCCGUGUCGACCACCAGUCUUACCUGUUACAGACUUUUGUCUCCGAGUCCAGAUGGGUUUUCUCCGUGGCUGCUGUCAGUCCCCUGUUAGCCGUCUUGACUUGGGUUCAACCUCAAUUAGACUUUUUUUCUAUUAUCUGACUUGUUACUGACUCGUUCCUGUCUGACUCGGUAUGACUGGAUUAGAAACUGUUACAUCAAUAGAACCUUAUUUGCAUUUUAAAUGGUUUUAAUUAUUGUUAAUAGUCAAAACCUGGAUUUGGAAUGAUCUGUUACGUGUUUUAAGGCUGCCAGACACCUGCCAGUCAUUCUGAGGGUCACAUGAUCAUUAUGGGCGAGGGGUGGAGUCACAUUCAUACAUGAGAAAGGAAAUCUCCUGUUUCUGUCGUGUCUCAUGAAGACCUGAGAACAAUCAGAACUGUGAAAUUGUAUUUUUACAUAUUUCAUUUCCCAGCAUUCAAACCUAAUCUAAUUUUUAUUUUACGUUUUGUGUCAGUCGAGCUGGUCGUGUGUGACCGACAUCGAUAUGCAAAUGAACUCACAGAACACGAAUCAAAUCGUCUGAGUUCUGAGGAGAAGAACGGCUGAAACACAAACUGAAUGAGCUGAAGUUGUAGCUGUGGUUUAAUGCUCUGAACUCGUCCGUCUGGUUUAUUUUGUUUCAAAGUAAUCACCUGAACCUUCCAGCUAUCACAUAAGAGUCACGUUAAACAAAAGACAGUUAAAGCGGUGGCCCCCAACCUCGGUGCCAGGACCCCCCAGUGGUCAGAAAACAAAUCUGAGGAUAGGAAUCUAACAUGUCAGGAUUAGCAUUGUUAGCAUUGAGCUCAAACCAACAAAGUUCUGCCUCACUGGUUGUUAAUCGUUGAGGUUUCUAAAUAAUCUGAACCUCAUGUGACGAGCAGUCACACACAGACAGACCUGUUUUGGGGGUCACGAGCCAAAAAGGUGGGAACCACUGCACUAAAGGGUUUGGCCAUCGAUCUCCACGUGCUUUUAGUUUGUGUUUAUCCAGGAAUACUUUAACAGCUGCAAAUGAUCCCCGGAGUCCAGACAGAAAACUGUUUGUGUAUAAAUGAUUUUCAGUUCCUUCGUGGUGUUCGUGGAGGUUCGAAGUUCUCUGAAUUCAGGUUUUCACUGUGAAGUCCAGUGUUGAUACGCAGCCACUGCUCAGUGUUCACGGUCGAGUCUUCAUCAGUGCAGGUUUUGGAUCCUGCAGGGUCACAGGGGACCGUUCUGAGCUCGUCGUAGCCUCGUGUCAGCUAACUGACCAAACUAUCUACAUGUAGCAGCGUCGUCUGGAUUGUUGUUUCUUCACUGAUGUUAUUGCCUUCACAGACGCUCAGGAUGGUGAUGUCAGGCUGUCCGAUCUCCCCCUUUAGAUUUUAAUCACCUUUCAUCCAGCCCCCCCCUCAACACAAACUGCGAUCAUUAAUAUGAAUAUUUUUGGCUCCGCUACUGGGAAGCCCUAAGAAAUCUCUUCAAGGAGUCUUCGUCAACAUGAAUCGAGUUGAAAUCAUCUUAUUUUCUGCAUUGUCAGUCUUUUGGAGAAUAAUUUGAGCUCUGAGACGACCCCGACAGGAGGCGGCGUAUCAGCACUGGACCGUCAGACUCUAGAUGCUGUUUGUCUGUUUGUCCUGUUUCCUCUCCGCUGAUGAAGAGCGGGACUCAAACUGACGGAGGAGGGGACCGGUAGCAGUUCAUGGUGCUCCAAAACACCAACCAAUCAGCUUUCUCCUGAUUGUGAUCUGACCAAACACCAGCCGGGGUUUAAAGAUGUAGCUGUGCGUCUGUGUGUGGCGGCUCAGACCGGAUCACGCUGACAGUGAUGUGAACCUGGCCUGACUCGGUGUUCAGUCGGACUCUGGGGGACUUGUGAAGACCUUCAGCCCAGCUGUCUGUCUCGUGUUGGUCUAUCUCUGAACAUUUUAUUGAUGUGUAAUCAGACUCUGAAUGUUUGCUGUAAAAGCCAAAAACCCGUUGGCACGAGGUCGACUGGCGACAGAUGACUGACGUGGACUUUUAAUUAGGAGACAAAUAUGAAUUUAGAUUUAGCUGUGGACAUUAAUCACAUGUUUGUGCUUUGGUGCUGUAGAUUUCGUGCCCAGUCAAACCAGAACUGGUCUUUUAAUCUGCAUGUUUUCGUGAAACAGUGCUGGGGGCUCGAUGAUGUCGUAAAUACUUGUCGAGCUAUGGUGGCUGCCGAGCGACAUAUGAAUGACUCCGAUGCUGUCAGGACACACAGUUUAUUCAAAAGACGGAUUUGUCUCAUAAUUGUCUCCGUUACGAAAGCAGGAUAAAUAAAGCUGGAUGGUGACACAGAGCUAAAAAGCUAAGCUACGUCAGCACUGUGACGGCUUGCUAUUGGUCAGUGGCAAAAAUUUGCGUUUGUGUCAGCCAGUCCUAAUAAAUUCCAGGUCAGAGACAUCAGGAGUCCCGAUAAAACGACACGAGCAUCAAAAGUGAUGAAAAGUUUUCUAGCAGCUAGCUGGAAUGUCAUUACCGGACAAUACCAGUUCAUGACGACGGCCUAUCACAGCCUGCUUGGUGACCGCGGUACUCUAGAAGUUAGCAUCCUCAGUUUUAGACACCCCCCCCCCCCCCCCCCCCCCAUUAAAGCAUCCACUGAUCGCAGAGGGAAGUAUGUAAAAAUCUAGAUGAUACCUGAACAGGUAGGAAUCAUGAGAGCAGCCCCGACGUCGUACUGUGCUAACGUAUAACAUGUAGAACGAAGGAUUACUGCAAACACUGAUUAUUUUUAGUAUUCUUUAGUCUUGAUUAUCUUUCUGAUUAGUUCUCUAAAAGGUCAGAAUAAACUCAAAUGUCCAGCAGCUCUUUUUCUCCACGUCCAAAGUUAAAAACUGACAUUUAGCUGUACGAACCUUUAGAUUCUCCCAAUUUAAACCUCCACACUGGAGUUCAAUCUGACGCUGAAAGUCGGUCGACCUCGAGCUGUAAUCUGAGCUGUACCUGAUCUUUACCUUCUGCUGUAGCUGUUUCAUUAUCAGGAAUUAAAAACACAUUCUUCUGA